AUGCUCCUUACUACGUCAUCUUUGAUGAGCAUUUCCCAAAAACAUUCGCUCUCGCCAGAAACAAACUCGGCACAUUCAAGCGGCAUGACUGCCUUGAACCUGCCAGCUCUGCGAGUCAGUGGCUUGACAGCAUCAGGCGGUAGGUGGAGGGCAACGAGCAAAUCUUUGCUGAGUCCUUUGUAAUCUCCAACUUGUGGAGUGAUGGUUAUGUUCAUUUUAUCAUAUAUAGAACCGGCAAAAUACGAUUCGUUUAUCGAAUAUACUCUAUAUGUGCCAUCAUAUUUGGGUACUUCAACCUUUUCAACUACAUACGGAUACACUUCUGUUCGCAGCGGUCUCAACAACUCCAUACUGAUUUCAAAAUAG